CAACUUUUUCUCAACAACGCGUCUCUUCAUACUACAAUAUCAAACUGCUAUUGCGACUUCUCCAAUAUGGCCACUGGGGUAGAUGCGCGACUUUUGAAGUCGACCAGAUUCCCCCCCGAGUUUAGCCAGAAGGUUGACAUGCAAAAGGUUAAUUUGCAAGUCAUGAAGAAAUGGAUCGCCAGCAAAAUUUCCGAUAUCCUGGGAAGCGAAGAUGACGUGGUUAUCGAACUUGUCUUCAAUCUCAUCGAAGGACCGCGAUACCCGGAUAUCAAGUCGCUGCAAAUACAACUAACAGGUUUUCUUGACAAGGACACGGCUGUGUUCUGCAAAGACCUGUGGAAGUUAUUGCUGAGUGCCCAAAGCAGUCCCCAAGGCGUCCCUAAGGAGCUCCUCGAGGCCAAGAAGCUGGAGCUUAUCCAAGAGAAGAUUGAGGCAGACCGCGCUGCAGAAACUGCUAAGCAGAGACGAGACGACUGGGAUCGCCGUGACCGUGAAGUAGCCGAUCUGAAAGACCGCGACCGCCGCGACCGGGCUGCUGCUCGUGGAGAUACCUGGCAAGGGCGCCGAGGUGACCGUGAUUUCGAAAACCGGGGCAGAGGGGGUUUCAGGAGGGGAGGUCGCCGAUCAAGAUCGCCUGGCCCUCGCUUCCGUGAUGCCAGGGACACAUAUGGGCGUGAUAGUUACAUUCCACGAGGAAGGCGUGGUGGUGGACGCGCCGACCAGGGCCGACGAAAAUCACCCCUUCGAUCACGUUCGGAAUCUGCCUCGCCCAGGCCGAGCUCAAGAAGUCGCAGCGCCUCCCGAAGCACUGAUCAAUCGAAUCAACGACGAAGACCUGUCUCUCCUGGGGGACAAGCUGACACACGCAAGAGGUCGCGAUCACCCAGAGGAGAUACGUAUCGGGGUCGGGCAAACAAACGUACUGAGAGAGAUCGGCCAGCUCGUCCAUCUCGAUCUCUGUCUUCGGAGCGAAAUUCUCCCGCACCAAAGCGCAGACGUUACUCUUCAUCAAGGAGUCGUUCUGUAACUCGCCGAAGACGGCCGGCUAGAAGCAUCUCCUCAUCGCGAUCCGAACGAACAUCAGACUCCCGUAGUAGAAGUCGAAGUCGCAGUUAUAGCCGCACUCGCAGCCGUUCCAGUAGCGCGUCACCGGACCGCAGGACCAAAAGACGACCGAAUCAUGGACGUGGUGGCCAGCAGCCCUCCAGGAAGAGAGAUUCGCCUAAGAGUAGACGGCGAAAUAGUUCUUCAGCUUCUUCGCGAUCAAGGAUUCGAGAAAAUUCAGCUGAUGUUUCUGAAGAUGGAUCUCGUGCCCUGCCGACCAAACCCGAGGCAGAGGUUCCGGCCGAAUGAAGUAUCUGAGGUCAGUUGGCCAUAGUGUCUUGAACCGGCACAAUCACUGACUUGCUUUGUUCGCUAAGAUUUGACCUUGCUCCUUGCAACGCCUGCGCCGCCAGGACGAGGAUGAGAGUGAUCGAGGUUGUCUUCUUUUGGGGAAACCUAAGCUAACAAUUUCUUCAAGCCCUUUUUGAGCCAUGAGCAUAACAAUCAUGUUAACAAUUACUGACUUUACGGCGUUGGAAAACAGGAGCCUAUAGAAAGGCUUUCUUUGUAGGAUAUUGAGAGGACCAAGAACACACAUAACUAUCAAAUUGAAG